AUGGCGUCGUCCGCGGCCUUCUAUUUGAUGAUGAGCACGAAGCAGUGGUCCGCCUUCGUCAGUCGAUGCUCCUCCGGGCUCGUCAUUCCCGCCUCGGAGAUGUUUUCCGACCCCGUCGUGGCAGUCACAGCCAUGACGGUGCGGAACGCAAGGACCUUGAAGGCAUCGUUCUCUGACGGGUCCGGGUCGAAGCUUCCGGCCCAGAAGGCGACGAGGGUGCAGGAGGAGAUCAUGAACGAGUGGAUCUGCCUGGAGGCAGUUCCCAGUGGGAACAUCACGAAGUACAUCAACGACGGCGACAUAGCCGUCCUGGGCAGUCGCCUGCUGCUCAACAAGUCGCUCAUUCUGAGCGACCAAGACUCGAAGAACGGGCUCGGCCUCUACAAGCAGUCGGGCAUCUUCCAGUCGGUCGACCUCUACAGGUGCAGGCUGGAUGUCCAGCAGAUCGUGGACUCUACUGCCACCUACGAUCUGAAGUUGAACAAGCUCUUCAAGGACAAGUCGGAGCAGGACUUCCCCAGUCGCCCCACGGAGGUAGUCGCCUUCUCGGAGCUCCGCUUCGCCGCUCUGGCGAGGCACAUCGGCGACGUCGACCUCUUCGCUCAGGGAUCGGCGACCUUCAAAGUCGCCAUGCUGAAGAUGAGCAUAGUCGACCUCCUGAACCAGGAGGAGUUCUAUGCGACGAGUGUGAACGGCCUGCUUCCCCACUGGAGGCUGGUGUUCAGGGAUGUGGCCGGGAGGGACAAGUUCCUCGGCGGCCUGACAGGCGGCCAGGCCAAGCUGGAGUUCAUGAAGCAGCAGUCGCUCAGCUUCCGGGAGCUCCUCAGCAGCAAGCGGAAAGAGAUGGAGUCGGCGCUGGAGGACUCCUAUCAGCACACCAAGUCGAUCAGGGAGGUGCUGGACAAGGUGAAGUCGCUGGAGGAGAUCGUGCCGGCGGCGCCGGGGAAGGAGCAGUGA